UUAAAGUUAACUACCUCAUCGGUGCAACGGAAUAAAGUUGAGGACAUGAAUUGUAAAAAAGUUCAAAACAGUCCUGAAAACUAUCGUCAUAAACCAAAGAAAUGUACUGAUACAUUAUGGAUUUGUUUGUUAGUGACAUUUUGGUGUUUUUUUAUUGUAAUUAUUGUAUUCGCAAUUUCCUACGGCAAUUAUGCUGCCGCCUUAAAGGGUGCCGAUUCUUUUGGAAAUAUUUGCAAUCAAAUUAAGAACAAACAUUUUGAAAACUUCACAGUUUCUGCAUUUGAUACAUCAACAAAACCAUAUUUAUUUUUCUUCGAUAAUAAAAAUCUCGAAAGUGUUGUUAAAAUUUGUGUUGAAAAAUGUCCUACACAUAAUUUCCGUGAUGUUUUUCAUAUGUUCAUGUACAUGGACAAAUCUGCGUAUUCGCAAAUGUGUCGAUAUGAUUAUAAUUUAUUAAGGGCAGCUCAUGUAGAAAAUUAUCCACCGUCAAUUGGUAGAAGGGGUCCAUGUCCUCCAGUAUCCUUUCAAAGUAUCGUUUAUAGAAAUAGAUGCGUACCUACGGGGCCCAUCCACAUCGUCAGAGAUAUGUAUGAAUUAUUGAAUUCCGGGGGUGUGGAUCAAUUGUUUUUCCUGGCGGUAUACUCAAGUUGGCAUUAUGUUGCCAUUUUGAUUGGAUUUGCUUUUGGAAUUUCUCUUUUACUAUUUGGAAUGAUGGUUUUGCUACCGAUGCUCAUAGCUUGGUUCAUAUGGCUUUUGAGCAUUGGCUUAAAUGCUGGUCUUUGCUUUUUCCUAUGGUCACUUCAUGACAAGAAACCAGUUGAAGAAAAUCCUGAUGAAUUUACGUUUUCACUUGAUACCCGAUAUAACACUGAUCUUUUGUUCAUUUUAUUAGAUGAAUUCCGUGUAAACAAGAUUUUAAUAUUUUGCUUUAUUGGUUUGACAGUUUUAAUUGAUAUUGUUUUAAUAAUUUUAACAGUGAUUUUGUUUAGAAAUUUAAAUCAACUCAAGGUUUUCUUUGAGCUAGGAAGGGUUUGUAUAAAACACUUACCAGGUCUCAGCAUAACACUUACAAUUGGACUGGUCACUAUGAUUUCUUUAAUUUUUUUAACUGGCUUUACCUUAUUGUGUCUUACAACGGCAACAUAUCCUACAACAAUAAGGAUAACAGAUUAUUUCGAAGAAGAUAGAGACAUUUUAUACGAAUUCAGAACUUUUGAGCAAAUUGAAUAUGUUGAUUCAAAGCCAAUCCGCAGAACGUUUUUUAUAUAUAUUCUUGGAUUUCUAUGGACUACUGAAUUUAUAUUCGCCUUUGAAGAAUUCUGUAUCGGAACUUCUGUGGCUUUCUGGUACUUUAAGUCUUCUAGUCAAGCACCAUCAUUGCGAGCUAUUGGAGUAUUGCUGAAAUACCACUUAGGAACUAUUGCUAAAGGAUCAGCUGUCAUAACAUUGCUUAAAGGUCCAAGGUUGAUUGUAACAUUCAUAUGCAAAAGCAUCAAAAGAAGAUUCAAUCAAAUUUGGUUCGAUCGUUUCGCAUUCGUUGAGGAAUGUGUCGGAAUCUACAAUCACAAUGCUUAUAUACCAGCAGCAUUUGAAACAAUUGACUUUCGUCAAAGUGCUUAUAUUGCUUUCAAAAUAUCUACCAAAAUGCCUCUAAAAUUAAAAAGUAUCAGUAAUACUUUUAGUUUUGUAAUGUUUCUAAGUAAAUUGUGUGUGGCAACCCUUACAUGUCUUCUUGGAGUAUAUCUACUUAAGGACAAAAAGGAUAAUUUGAUAUUUUAUAUGGCACCAGUGCUAUUUAGUUCGAUUUGUGCUUUUUGUAUUGCACACAUAGUUUUUUCGAUUCUCGAAAUGACCAUUGAUACACUUAUGUUAUGUGCUUGUGAGGAUCAAAUGAUGUAUGGUGGCUUGAAACGCUUGACGAAAUUUACAAAACUUGCAAAGUUUUUCGGAAAUAAUGGAGAAAAUAAUGUUCCAAUUAUCAAAAUCAAAACAAUAUACAGGCAGCCUUUUAGAGCAAGACAGUAAGGUCCAGAAAACGAAGAACUUAUAAAGGGUGUCUUAUAUUUUUCAGAAGAUUUUGACUAUCUCGGUUCCUACUGAAUUGCAUUAAAUACUUCAGCAAAUUUUUCAGCAUUAUUCUACCAAUAAAAAUAAUUUUUUGUUUUUCUUCUAUUUUGGAACGUCAAAAAUUCAGAAGUAAUAUGUCGUAAGUCAUAAAUUAUCAGAAGCAAUCCAAAAUCAUCUUCAAAGGUUACUUAC